AUGAAUAACAUUUUUAAAAAGUUUGGGCAGAUGAAAGAUGAGUUCAACAAAUACAAGAAGGAAUUUGAAGACUCCAAACGAGGAGGAGCCCACCGCAAGGUGGCUAGGCCACCCGUCGAUGGCGGCGGCGGCGAUAAGCUGCAGAACAUCUUCUUCGGCCAAAACCCGAUCCCUGGCCGCAGCCUUGUGCCCAGGGUGUUGCGAAAGAAUCCGUUUGCCGGACUGGCUUAUCAGAAAUAUGACGAGAUCAAGGCCAAAUGCCUGGAAGAAGGCGUCAAUUUUGAGGAUCCGGAGUUUGAAGCUGAAGAUUCGUCCAUCUUCUUCAGCAGUGCACCUCCUCGUCCGUUCGAGUGGAAGCGACCACAUGAAAUUUGUGACAACCCAGAGUGGAUCACUUCCGGUGCCAGUCGAUUCGAUGUUCGCCAGGGAGAGCUGGGAGAUUGCUGGUUGCUCGCGGCUGUGGCCUCUCUGACCUGUAACCCCAAACUCUUUAGUUUUGUGGUGGACCCCAACCAGUCUUUCACCGAGAACUACUGCGGCAUUUUCAAGUUCAACUUCUGGCACCAAGGUGACUGGCAGGAGGUUGUUGUGGAUGACAGACUACCCACCUACCGCAACCAGCUGGUCUUCAUGCACUCCACGGAGAAGAAUGAGUUCUGGAGUGCCCUGCUGGAGAAGGCAUACGCCAAGCUGAUGGGAUCCUACGAGUCUCUGAAAGGUGGCAGCACCAGUGAGGCAAUGGAAGACUUCACGGGGGGUGUCACUGAGAUGUUUGAUCUGAGGAAUGCUCCCCCGAACCUGCUGAACAUCAUGCUGAAGGCUUACGAGCGCGGAUCUCUGAUGGGCUGUUCCAUCGAUGCUGUGCCAGGACAGACAGAAGCAGAGCUGGACAAUGGGCUCAUCUGUGGCCAUGCCUACAGUGUCACCAACGUCAAGCUGACUCCAAGAAUGCAGGGUCAGAUGCCUAUGGUGAGAAUUCGUAAUCCGUGGGGAAAUAGUUCCGAGUGGAAGGGAGCAUGGAGUGAUGGAUCGAGGGAGUGGUCUCUGAUCUCAGAAGAUGAAAAGCAGGAGCUUGGACUGGUCUUUGAUGAUGAUGGUGAAUUUUGGAUGUCCUUUAAAGAUUUUACAGCAAACUUUCAAAAACUAGAGAUCUGCAACUUAGGUCCUGACUCACUGGACGAGGAUGACCUUGACAACAAGAAGAAGUGGGAGUGCUUCAAGGAGAAUGAAGCUUGGAUCAAGAGAGUCAAUGCUGGGGGAUGUCGUAACUACAUAGACACUUUUUGGACGAACCCGCAGUUCCGAAUGACCUUGACUGACCCAGAUGAUGAUGACGAGGAAGAGCUGUGCACUGCAAUUGUUGCUGUACUUCAAAAAGACAGACGCAAGAAACGCAAGGAAGGUCUGGAUCUGCUGACUAUUGGUUAUGUCAUCUACAAGCUUGAAGAUCCAGACUGUGGCCCGCUGGAUAUGAAAUUUUUCAAGUACAAUGCCUCAGUGGCCAAGUCUCCAACUUUCGUCAACAUGAGAGAAGUCUGUGGCAGACACAAGUUGCCUCCUGGCACAUAUGCAAUUGUUCCAUCCACUUUUGAACCUCAUUAUGAAGGAGAAUUCCUUUUGAGAAUUUUUACGGAGAAAGCCAAUAUUUCUGGAGAAAUUGAUGAGCAGACCAGACUUGAUGAUGAGCCUUUCAAAGAUCCACAACCCAUCAUUCAGAGGCCAGCAGAGAAACCAGAACCUACUGAUGAGGAGAAUGAUCAAGCUGAGGCCCUCAAAAACAGCUUCCGUCGAAUUGCAGGAGAGGACAUGGAGAUUGAUGCGUACGAGCUGCAGGAAAUUCUUAAUGCUGUCUUCAAGAAAGAGUUCUCUUUCCCUGGUUUUGGAAUUGACUGUGCCCGGAGUAUGGUGGCCAUGCAUGAUGGCGACCUUUCUGGGAAACUAGGCUAUGAUGAGUUCAAGGACCUUUGGGAUGAUUUACGACGAUGGAAGGGCGUGUUCAAGGAGUUUGACAAGGACAAAAGUGGCAACUUGUCAUCGUAUGAACUCAGAAAUGCUCUCAACCAUGUCGGGUUUCAUGUCAGCAACCGAUCGCUGAGGUCCUUGGUCAUGCGCUACAGCAACAAGGAAGGACACAUUGACUUUGGGGACUUUAUUAUGUGUGCAGUCAGACUGAAGACUAUGCUGACUUCCUUCAAGGGACAUGACCCAGAAAAUUCUGGCUUAGCCCCUUAUGAUGUGGAAGGUGUAGGUACUACACUACAUUAG